UCUUCUUCCUCCCUCCUCAUAAAAAAAAAAAAACAUGGAUAUCUUCUUAGCAAUUUCAGUUCUCAUUUUCUUCUUCUUCCUCUUCUCAAUUUCCAAGCGCCUACUCCAGAAGCGCAAGAACCUUCCACCAUCACCACCUUCCCUCCCCAUCCUCGGCCAUCUCCACCUCCUCAAAAAACCUCUCCACCGCUCUCUCACCAAUCUCUCUAACCGCUUCGGCCCCAUUCUCUCACUCCGUUUUGGCUCCCGCCCCGUCCUCAUCAUCUCCUCCUCGUCUUUGGCCGAGGAAUGCUUCUCCAAGAAUGACAUCAUCUUCGCCGACCGCCCCCGCCUCAGCGCCGGCAAGCACUUCGGCUACAACUACACUGCCAUCGGGUGGGCCCCCUACGGCCCCCACUGGCGCAAUCUCCGCCGCAUUGCCACCAUUGAGAUCCUCUCGUCGAACCGCAUCCAGAUGUUCUCCGCCGUCCGAAUCCAGGAGGUCCGGUCCCUGAUGAAAGACCUGUUCCGGGAUUCGGAAUUGGGGAUAUCGGUGGUGGAAUUGAAAUCGAGGUUCUCGGAGCUCACAUUCAAUGUGAUGAUGGGGAUGAUCGCCGGAAAACGGUAUUACGGAGAGAAUGUGGUCAAUUUGGAAGAGGCGAAGCGGUUCCAUGAGAUCACAAGUGAGUCGUCGACGUUGAUCGGAUCACCGAAUUUCAGGGAUUUCGUGCCGGUUUUGGGUUGGAUGGAUUUUGAAGGAGUAGAGAAGAGGAUGGUGAGAGUGGUGAGGCGGAGGGAUGAGUUGAUGCAGACUCUGAUCGACGAACGUCGAAGGAGGAAGAAGAAGGUCGAUUUCUCUCCCUCAAUGGGAGUAGAAGUUGAGGUGGAGAAGAAGGAGAAGACGUUCAUAGAUGUUCUGCUGUCGUUGCAAGAAACAGAGCCUGAGUACUAUACUGAUCAGAUCAUCAAAGGUUUGAUGUCGGCACUACUAACCGCUGGAACGGAAACGUCAGCUCUCACCACAGAAUGGGCCAUGUCGCUUCAACUGAACCAUCCAGAUGUGCUGGAAAAAGCUAAAGCUGAGCUGGACAUGCAUGUAGGACCUCGUUUGUUAGAAGAAUCGGAUCUCGCCAAGCUUCCAUACCUCCAUUGCAUCAUCAACGAGACUCUCCGAUUGUAUCCGGUGGCCCCACUUCUACUGCCUCAUGAGUCAUCUGAAGAGUCCAUCCUUGGAGGUUUUGACGUGCCACGUGGCACAAUGCUAUUAGUCAAUGUGUGGGCUAUUCACAGAGAUCCCAAACUAUGGGUAGACCCCACCGAUUUUAAGCCGGAGCGGUUUCAAGGCCCAGAAGGGGCAAAGGAAGGCUUGAAGUCCAUCCCAUUUGGGCGCGGAAGGCGGGUGUGUCCAGGUGCGAGCUUGGCUAUGCGGAUGGUGGGCCUGACAUUGGGAACCUUAAUCCAAUGCUUUGAGUGGGAACGAGUAGGAGAAGAGAAGAUGAACAUGACUGAAGGGGCUGGGCUCACCAUGCCUAGGGCCCAGCCUAUGAAGGCCGUGUACAAACCACGCCACACCAUGCUCAACAUGCUUUCUCAGCUCUGAAUGCCAUAUGCGGCUCCGAGUCGGUUUGGUUUUAUCUACGUGGUACCAUGCUUUAUAUGGUAUAGUUUGGAUACGGUCCUUUUUUGAAGAUUACAACCAUAAUGACAAUAUCUCUCGCGUUUGGCACCAGAUAUAAUAAUCGGCACCAGCCCAUGUGAUAUCA